GGCGUGGCCAGGAGGGGGCGUGGCCAGGAGGGGCGGCGGGAGCGGGAGGGGCGGCGGCGGCGCGGACAUGGCCAGCGACGCGCUGCAGGGUAGCGCGGGGCUCCCCGAGGGCCCGGGGGACGAUGCCACCGCCGCCACCGCCGCCGAGGACCCCGAGGACCCCGAGGCCAUGGAGGAGGCGGCGGCGGCGGCGGAGCGGGAGCGGCUGCGGCGGGAGCUGCGGCGGGAGCUGGCGCUGGCCGAGGGGGCCGAGCGGCUGCGGCGCGUCACCCGCCACCCCCGGAGCCUGGCCGCCGCCGAGGGGCUGCUGCGGGCCUCCCGCCGCAGCCUGCAGCACCUGCAGCAACGCCUGCAGCGCCUCGACGCCCGCCUGGGUCCCACCCCCGGCCCCGAGGCACCCGAGGCGCCGGGCAGCCCGGGCCGGGCAGCCGCCCAGCGCAGCCGCGUCGCCGGCCUCGAGCGGCAGCUGCACAUCGAGCUCAAGGUGAAGCAGGGCGCCGAGAACAUGCUGCACACCUACGCCAGCGCCCCCGGCAAG